UGGAAGUGGGUAACUACUCAGAUUGCAAGAAUAACAAGAGUGCUGAGAGCCCAGUUUCUAGGAGCCAUGGAAGAAUCUUCCCAACCCAGUAAACCCCUGGAGAUGAACCCUCACUCUCGCUUUAUUAUUGGCUCUGUGUCAGAGGAUAACUCGGAAGAUGAGAUGAGCUCCUUGGUGAAACUUGAUCUGCUAGAGGAGAAGGAGAGGUCUUUGUCGCCUGUCUCUGUCUGCUCAGAUUCCCUCUCAGAUCUAGGACUUCCUAAUGCUCAGGACGGCCUGGCAAGCCACAUGAGGCCCAGCAUGUCUGGUUUGCACCUUGUAAAGCAAGGCCGGGACAGGAAGAAAGUGGAUGUGCAGCGGGAUUUCACUGUGGCUUCUCCAGCAGAAUUUGUUACUCGUUUUGGAGGGAAUAAAGUUAUUGAAAAGGUCCUGAUAGCCAAUAACGGCAUUGCCGCAGUGAAGUGCAUGAGAUCCAUCCGCCGCUGGUCCUAUGAGAUGUUUCGAAAUGAGCGGGCAAUCAGAUUUGUUGUCAUGGUGACUCCCGAGGAUCUGAAAGCAAAUGCAGAGUACAUUAAAAUGGCAGAUCACUACGUCCCAGUUCCAGGAGGACCGAACAACAACAACUAUGCAAAUGUGGAACUCAUUCUUGAUAUUGCUAAGCGGAUUCCAGUGCAGGCUGUAUGGGCUGGCUGGGGCCAUGCAUCUGAGAACCCCAAACUACCAGAACUUCUCCACAAAAAUGGGAUUGCUUUCAUGGGUCCCCCAAGCCAAGCAAUGUGGGCCUUAGGAGAUAAAAUUGCUUCUUCAAUAGUGGCUCAGACUGCCGGCAUUCCAACUCUUCCUUGGAGUGGCAGUGGUCUUCGAGUGGACUGGCAGGAAAGUGAUCUUCAGAAGCGUAUCUUGAAUGUUCCUCAGGAGCUGUAUGAAAAAGGCUACGUGAAAGACGCCGAUGAUGGACUGCGGGCUGCUGAGGAGGUUGGCUACCCUGUAAUGAUCAAGGCUUCUGAAGGAGGAGGGGGAAAAGGAAUCAGGAAAGUUAACAGUGCAGAUGACUUUCCCAACCUAUUCAGACAGGUUCAAGCUGAAGUCCCAGGCUCUCCAAUCUUUGUAAUGAGACUGGCCAAACAGUCCCGGCACUUGGAGGUGCAGAUCCUGGCAGACCAGUACGGCAAUGCCAUCUCUCUCUUCGGUCGCGAUUGCUCCGUCCAGCGCAGGCACCAGAAGAUUAUUGAGGAAGCACCUGCCUCUAUUGCCACUUCAGUGGUGUUUGAGCACAUGGAACAGUGUGCGGUGAAGCUUGCCAAAAUGGUGGGGUACGUGAGUGCAGGCACUGUGGAAUACCUGUACAGCCAGGAUGGGAGUUUCUACUUUCUGGAGCUGAAUCCCCGCCUGCAAGUGGAGCAUCCCUGCACAGAGAUGGUGGCUGAUGUGAAUCUGCCAGCAGCGCAGCUCCAGAUUGCCAUGGGGAUUCCCCUCCACAGGAUCAAGGAUAUCCGGGUGAUGUAUGGUGUUUCUCCAUGGGGAGAUGCAGCUAUUGAUUUUGAGAAUUCAGCCCACGUCCCCUGUCCGCGCGGCCACGUCAUUGCUGCACGUAUCACCAGUGAGAAUCCUGAUGAGGGAUUUAAGCCCAGUUCUGGUACAGUUCAGGAACUGAAUUUCCGCAGCAAUAAGAAUGUCUGGGGCUAUUUCAGUGUUGCUGCUGCAGGAGGGCUUCAUGAAUUUGCUGAUUCUCAGUUUGGUCACUGCUUCUCCUGGGGAGAAAAUCGUGAAGAAGCCAUCUCAAACAUGGUAGUGGCUUUGAAGGAGCUGUCCAUCCGAGGGGAUUUCCGAACCACUGUCGAGUACUUGAUUAAACUGUUGGAGACAGAGAGCUUCCAGCAGAACCGCAUUGACACUGGCUGGCUGGAUCGGCUUAUCGCUGAGAAAGUUCAGGCGGAAAGGCCUGAUACCAUGCUGGGAGUGGUGUGUGGAGCCCUGCAUGUGGCUGAUGUGAGCUUCCGAAACAGUGUCUCAAACUUCUUGCACUCUCUAGAAAGGGGCCAAGUCCUGCCUGCUCAUACUCUGCUGAACACUGUGGAUGUGGAACUCAUCUAUGAAGGACGGAAGUAUGUGCUGAAGGUGACUCGACAGUCUCCCAAUUCCUACGUGGUCAUCAUGAACAGCUCGUGUGUGGAAGUUGAUGUGCACCGACUGAGCGAUGGAGGCCUGCUCCUGUCUUAUGAUGGUAGCAGCUACACUACCUACAUGAAAGAAGAAGUAGACAGGUACCGCAUCACUAUAGGUAACAAGACCUGUGUGUUUGAAAAGGAGAAUGAUCCCUCCAUUCUGCGCUCACCUUCAGCUGGAAAGCUUAUCCAGUAUGUGGUGGAGGAUGGGGGACACGUGUUUGCAGGCCAGUGCUUUGCAGAAAUAGAGGUGAUGAAAAUGGUGAUGACACUAACAGCAGGAGAAUCAGGCUGCAUCCAUUAUGUCAAACGCCCAGGGGCAGUCUUGGAUCCAGGCUGUGUGAUUGCCAAGCUCCAGCUGGAUGAUCCCAGCAGGGUAACAGGUGAGAAGUGGCAGGAAGCCCAGAGUGCUGAACUGCACACGGGUACCUUGCCACAGAUUCAGAGCACAGCACUUCGAGGUGAGAAACUCCAUCGCAUCUUCCACUAUGUCCUGGAUAACCUGGUCAAUGUGAUGAAUGGAUACUGCCUGCCAGAGCCCUACUUCAGCAGCAAGGUGAAAGGCUGGGUUGAGCGACUAAUGAAGACGCUCAGAGAUCCAUCCUUGCCUCUGCUGGAACUUCAGGACAUCAUGACCAGUGUUUCUGGACGGAUCCCACCCAAUGUGGAGAAGUCCAUCAAGAAGGAGAUGGCCCAAUAUGCCAGCAACAUCACAUCAGUCCUUUGCCAGUUUCCCAGCCAACAGAUUGCCAAUAUCCUGGAUAGCCACGCAGCCACCUUGAACCGCAAGUCAGAGCGUGAGGUCUUCUUCAUGAACACCCAGAGCAUUGUGCAGCUGGUACAGAGGUACCGGAGUGGUAUUCGGGGUCACAUGAAAGCAGUGGUGAUGGAUCUGCUCCGUCAGUAUCUGAAGGUGGAGACUCAGUUUCAGCAUGGUCACUAUGACAAGUGUGUCUUUACCCUUCGGGAAGAGAAUAAAAGUGAUAUGAAUGCUGUAUUGAACUACAUCUUCUCACAUGCUCAAGUCACCAAGAAGAACCUGCUUGUUACAAUGCUCAUU